UGUGUGUUUUCCGCUGAGCUUAUUGUUUGCAACCAUUGUAUUCAGAAAAAUGAUACGAAAAUUGACUCGGAACAAUCGGAAUUCAAUAAUUUUCCAUGUAUUAUAGUUAAAUAAAUGUGUAAUAAACAAAGAACUGUGUUUCUCGCGUCGUAGGAAGUCGUUAGGUAGUAAAAUAAUGAAUUUAACACGCUGCGGCAGUCUUUCUAUCUGAAUUGUCGUGAACCUUGUUGUGGAAUCGAUUUUCAGAUGUUAUUAAUGAAAUUACUAAGGUGCUUGUGGUGAUAUUGUUUGUAAAACAGAACCUGUUUUGCUGGUCUCGCGUUACGGUGACUUUUCGACCGACGGCGGUGGCGGGCUCUAAAUCGAUAGAGAUAAUAAAAAAUGCAUAUUUUGCCCAUGGUUUCAUAAAGGUUCCGUUCAAUACUGUGCCGGCACGAUAUUCCGACCGAAAGCUGUUCAGAUUUCUCAUCUGUUUGCAAACCGCAGUGCGAUUUAUAUAAUGAUAUCAAUGUGAUAGUGAUACUAGAACAUCGCGAAGGUUUUUUCUCAAGGAACGUGAUAAGGAGCUGGUGCAAACGGAUGAAGUCACGUGAACAAAUCCGCACUAGGACUUUACAGAGACGCAAAUUAAAGUCGGCAGUAUUAUGUGAUAGUGUAGUGGCAGUGUUAGUGUAGUGCGCGCGUUUCAAGAUGGCCGUGUACAACAUGUUCCGUUUGCGAAUCGGCGGCCUGGUGAUGAGGGUGGUGCUACUGUUGUCUCUAGCUGUUUAUUCUUCUUAUGGCGGUGGCUGCAAGUUCCCCGCGGAGUGGACGGGCAGCUGGUUCCAGUCCGGGAUCAUGGGCCUCAUAGCCAUCAACUCCACGCACAUACAGUCCAAGGGCGAGUGCUCGGAGACCGAGGACUCGGACAAGUUCCUGCUCUACGACAGGAGCUACGACUGCUACAGGUGUAUGGUUAUACACGAGAAGCACAAAUACGUACUGCAGUAUAAAGAAACAUUCUGCAGCCAAAAAGACUCUCUGCGGUUGAUCUGCGACGAGAUCAGUGGCGACGCGCCGCUGUACUCCAUGUUCAGGAAGGAGCCCCGGCCGGAGCCGGAGCCCUGCCCCUUCCACCCUGCGCCCUUCACCUUCACCUACAACAGGGGAUCCGGGGACUGCUUGUACCCGCCGUCUCGCGCUGAGUCAUGCACAGACGACUCGCGGCUGCUGUUACGGUACAUGGCCUGCCCGGACGUGCCGGGGACUGAGAGCAAUGUGGAGGAGCUGGUUUGCCUGGCGGUCUGGAAAGAGGGUUCGACUAGAUACCUUGUGGGGCAGAUCUCCCAGGUCCAGAGGAGAAACUCUAUCGCCUCUGAUGAGGACACAUACAGGUGUUUCAUAUACAAAGGACAGCACAGUGAUAAGAGUACGUCCUACAUCAUCGCGCAGUCGGGCGACGCCACGUGCAACGGCCUGUCUUCCCCCACUGACGGCAGCCGUACCAUGAAGCUUACUACCAGUGAUGACGAACACAACCGCUGUCAUUUUCCGAGCUGGAUCGUGGAGCACCAUAAGUGGUUCAGUUUAGACCACACUCACCAAUAUCACUUCACCACUAAAAACGCUACACUUAAGAUUAUGAACACUGACGGAUCUUUUGAGGAGAAGCGUUUAGUGUGCCACUCUAUAUUGGAGCAAAAGGAUAAGAAACACAUAAAAUUGGUGGCUCAUGUUACACGUGGAUGUGAGUCGGGCCACGUGUGCCUGAAGUUCUUCCGUCGCGAAGGCAACGUGCUAGAGUUGCAGCAGGGCUCCGGCCUGUGGGAGUCCCCGCAGGACGCCUGUGCGGAACCCGACAACCCGCCCUUCGUAACUCUAAUCACGACGUCCCUCACUCCCAUGCCGUGCCCUAUACAAGGCAGAUACAGUGUGCUGAGCUCAUUGGCCGAUCGUCGUCGGCGUAGGCAACAGUUGUCAUCGGUGGAUUCGGAGUCGGAGUCAGCGGCUGAGUGCGUGGCGGGAGACUACGACAGCGCCAGUAUCGGCUGCGGCCAAGGGCAGGACACCAUCGAGUUCAAGUCCUCCUGCACCAACACGGUGUACACGUGCUACGGCAGCUGGCGCGAAGGUGAACGCGGGUUUCUGAUAGCGGCGCCGCUCGCUCGCCCGUCCGCACGGCCCAAGACGUUCUGCUUCAUGUACACGCACCACAACGAGUCUUCGGGCGGGGCUGUGUGGCUGAGCGCCGUGCCGCGAGCCUGUGACCGCGCCGCGUUGCCGGGACGCCAUGGCGACAAAGCCUACAACCUCACCAGCAACGGCACUUGCGAGCAGAGCAGCAAGUAUAGUGUGGCGACGCGACUCGCACCCGCCGCCACGCUCAUCGCACUGCUGGUGGCCGCCGCCUCCAGAUGAUAUGACCACUAGCCGCUCAAGGUGCUAGCCCCGCACGCGCAACACUAGUUUUAUUUCCAAUAUUGUAACGCGCCGAACUUCUAGUACUCUCUGAGCUAUCGCAUGCCCUUCAUGGAAACAACCUCCGACGUUUUUUUUUUUGUUGUUCGCCAGAGGAAAAUCUUAACGGAUAUUUGCCCUACUCCACUAUGGAUGAUAUUCACGCCAUUUUCACCAAAAACGACUUAAGUAAGUAACCUAAGUAAGUAACUGUCGUUGGUAUUUAAUUAAUUAAAUACAUAAAAGUUUUAUUCACUUUAAUGUAAAGAUCACAUCACAAGUUCCACACUCAGCAUGGUUACAUGGUUGCUCUAUCUACCACAGACUCCUAAUAUGUCUUAAUAAUAAUGAGUAUACUAGGAGUAUACAAACAUAAAUAUUGCUACUGACAGUAACGCCUUACAAAGAAGAUUCUUAGGCAUACCUACAUUACCUACGUUUCACCGAUAGAUUUUCAUUAGGCGAC